AUGUUGCCACUCGUCAUGUACCUCAUCUGUAUGGUGGCACCCUUCACUCUUGCCAACACCGAGAAAGUCAUCUUCGUCACUCCUGAAGCCCAAGACUUCGUCCACGAUGCCAGUCUCGACAAUCUGCUGCUCGAGCGCUUGACAUCGGCCAACUUCUCUCUGCGAACAUAUGUAAAUGCUACGUUUCCAACAGAAGAUGCUCCCAAGGGUACCGAAACGUGGCUACUGCUUGAGGAUCUCACACCUAAUCAGCGCCAUGAAGUGCGCAUCUGCUGGCUCGCUACACAACCCACUUCUUUCUGGCUGUACACGCAUACCAUGGUCGAGGUGUUCUCGGAUCCAACAUUGCUCUCAGCGGUGACCGAUUACUCAAACAGGCGUCGUAGGAGCAUCUCUUCGGCCGAACUCGACGAAUUUCGAUCAAGGAGCGAUCGCAGAGCACCGAGCAGCGACAGACCGAGCACGUUCCUGUUCCUGCAGAUCCAUGCUGCAGCAGAUUAUUUCAGCCUGAACGAUGACUUGAUGAAGAAUGUACCGCCAGUCCAUGCGGACAUCAUCCUUGAUCCGUAUCUGCUCAACAUCUUUCCGCAGUCACUUGUGCCAACAGCUGUGUACAUCGUGAUCAUCGCCAUCAUCGGCUGGUUCGUGUCAGGCUGGAUAUACAGCAAUCUGAUCCAUCCCUUGCUUGCCGAGGAGCCAAAGCCAGCCAAGAAGGCGGAGUGA